AUGUCGCCACCGCUCCAUCGCGGUGACCAAUCAGAGCUGUGCGCGUAUCCACUGGUUGUGACGGCCUCGAGUGUCGAGGCCGUUUCGAUUGUACCAAUGCUGAGUAGAAGUAGAGUGCUUGGUAUCGGAACGGGACAUAUUCUUUCGGUACUUGUUCACGGCCUCUUGAUUGAAAUACCCAACAAAGAUUUCGACGAUUUCUUGGGACGCGUGAUAUUACUAGGAGUCAUGUCAUCCAACCAAUUACCGGGAUUCAGGGUGACCAAGUUCUUCUGCAUUGCCCCAAGCUCAUACGUUUCAUCAGGCUUGAAGCAAGAUAUAGCGGUGGUCUUUCGCGUCAAAGUUGAAAACAGGACUUCUUCAGCGCCAAAAUAA